GGCACGUCGGUUCUACGAGGAAGCAGAAAAAAACGAAGAAGAAGAAAACGAAGAAGAAGAAAACAAGCAAAAAGCAGUCUCUCUUCACGUCAACAAAACGCGAGGCUGAAGCGUUCUGCUCCCUCUACUCGUUGAACUAUCUUUAACAUCAAGAUGUUGAGAGAGUUGGUAAGGGAGCGACUCAUUGCGGCCGCCGACGAAAUCUUCAGACUGUUUGAAAGAACGAUAGUGUCGUACGAGGAGCAACUUUCUCGGGCGAGGGAGGAGACAGAGAGACACCGACGACUGUUGGAAGGUGAUUGCAACAAUCAAAUUGUCAUGCGCAACCAAGAUGUCCAGGUGCUGAUUGGUCAUCAGGAAGAACCUUCCUUUCAGCAAAAGGCAGUGAGCUCCAGUUUGGACUGGGAUGAUACACAGUGUCCUCUUGUUAAAGAGGAGAAGGAGGAGCGAAAGACCCUUCGUGAUGAAGAGGAAAAGGAUCCAGAGCCAGCCUACGUAAAAAAGGAAGAAGAGGGAUUUGACAUCAGCAAAUUGCCCCUGACUGGUGUCUCUAUGGAGGAUGAAGCCGAUGAUGAUGAAACACUCAAGCGUCGCGGUCAGAGUCCGAGUGGUAACCACUGCGGAGGCGUAACGCCGGACAACUUGUUAGCUCCACUGUCAGACAGUGACGACGACAUGGAAGAACAAACAGCGGGUGCGGUGCCACCCAUGCGUCGACGCAAGUGUCGAGCUUACAGAGCCAAAUCCGGUGUCGAUGCGCCUCUCGCUUUAAGUAAAAGCCCAGUGUCCGAUACAACUGCUGCUUUCCACAUCGCUGAGACGCCCCGCGAAAAGACUCAAAAAUCUUUGGAAGCGCAGUUCUUCCCUCCGAGCCAUUGUGACAUGGACUCUGAAAGAAAAAGAAAGGUUUCUGCUGUUUGGGACCAUUUUGAUCUUGUAUCCUCAAUUAAGGUUAAAUGUCGCAUUUGUUCGACCGAGCUCUCCUACAUAAAUAAAAGCACCUCGUCAAUGCUGAGGCAUUACCGAGCGAGGCACGAACAGGAGGAGGUCACAAUUACACCGAGAAUAACCACAGCUUCCAGGAAACACGCGUUGGACCAGGCGGUUCUCAAUUUCAUAAUCAAGGAGUCCCAACCCCUCAGCAUUGUUGAGAGUGACGCGUUCAGGGAACUGCUUCAGGCUCUUGAGCCAUCCUAUGUUUUGCCCACCAGAAAGGUUUGUAUCGAAAAUAUUCAGACAUAGCUGAAAUAUUUCAUUGAUGUUAUAUUCAUUCAAACAGUGAUGGAUUGAGAUAAGUUUAAAACCCCUCUGUGAAAUGCUGCUACUGUUCCAUCCUCCUCAGAAACCCAACAACAAUUUCAUGAAUGUUCAUUAAGAUGUAUUUAUUAGUUAUAAAAAUAAUGCUGAUUAUAUUUAUAUACUUGACAAAAAAAGCACAGUAAUGUCACGAAUUUUAACAAUUUUUGCCCCAUUUUGUCGUUCAACUUAAUGGACAUUGUGCUACUCCAUCUGGUGUGGACGCAUUUGAAGGGCUAUCGAACAACGACACUGAUACUGUCGAUAUCCCGUCUAUGGAGUUUUGCAAAUUGUGUUAGCAUUUGUUAGCUUUCCCAAGGCACACCUCUUGGGGCUUUUCCACCAGCUUUUGAGUUCCUGGGAGCAAAAGGUUCCUGUGGCCCACGUGGUUUGCGUUUCUUGCCGCAGACAUGCUUGGUGGCAGAGAAUUAUCGAGAGGUACAGAUAGAAUAUAUUUCUAAUUUAUUGAGAUUACAUAUUUAAACAGAAGCCUGCAGAUGAGUUUGGAUGAAUUUAUUCGCUGCAAAUUGAGCAGGACAGUUUUCACGCUCAUGCAGUUCCACUUUUCAAAUUUGAGACCAAAAAAAUCACAUCUAGAGUCAUCUGCUACCUUCUACAAUUCUGUAUUUAUUCAUCCAUUCCUUCAUAAAGACAAGUUUUCUCAUGUCUUACGAUUUAGGUGAUUACAUUUUCAUGCUCGUUCUCCAUCUUUAGAAUAAAUCAGUUUACAUGCCCGUUAUGUUAUAUAACAUAUAUAACAUUAUUCAGCAUGUGCUACGAUGUAACGUCAUAUGUGACUUGUUCUGUUAUCACGUUGUAUAAUUUCUAUAUGUUUUUGUUUUUAUUGUGCCCUGUUUUACUCUGCUGUCUGGAACCAAGUUAGAAUUGAAUAUACCUUAUCCGGAUAAGGUUCAAUGAAAAAAUAAAAACUACAUGACUUAAUUGA